AUGGCCAACAACGAGCUCGUCCAACAUCGGCAAACCAGCAAUCGACACUUGCUCUUCUUACUCUCACUCUCCCUUCUACCCAUCUACACCUUCACUCGAUCUCGCUGGAUUCCUCGAUUGGGACUCGAUCAGAUUCACUUGGUACUCCUCCAACUCAUCUUCACUUACUUCUUUUCUCAAAGGUUUUCCUCAAAAAGUGCAUCGAGAUCGACAAAUGCCCUAGAGGAGGAUAACAUUCUAGUUGAAGGAGAAGAGGAGGUUGAAGGAAAGAAGAAGAAGAAAAAGAUAGACACGUCGGAAUGUACAACGGUUGGGAUCGCCAAGAGUCUAAGAGAAUUAGUUGAUCGACCGUCGGAUUGGACGAAUGUGUUUCCGACACCAGGAAUCGAGAUCCUGCGGCAUCGGACGAUCAGUUCCCUCUAUGCCGUCCGGACAGAAUUCGAAGAGGAUCACAGCUUGACUAUGGAACAGUUGAUCCGUUGUAUACGGGAAUCCAAACAAUGGGAGUGGGAUCGGAUGUGUGAAUGUGGUGAAGACUUGGGCGACGGGGUGACUUGGGUCCGGCUCAAGGGGUUCUGGCCGAUCAAACCGAAAGAAUUGGUCAUGCGUUCAUGCAUGUUCCGCUUACCUGGUCCGGAUAAUGGUUCACGAUCAGUCGAAGACCCAAGCUCAAAACCGCCGAUCAGGAUCUUGGCAGCCUCUAGUAGCACAACCCAUCCGUUGAAGAAAUCCACUCUGGAAAUCAAGUUCGCAGGAUAUCUGAUCGAGCAACUGUCUUCGUCUAGCGGCCUUCGUGUCACACAAAUAGUCGACCUGUCGGGCUUCGGUGCCUUGCCGACAUUCGUGAUCAAGGCGAUCGUGUGCAAGUUUGUACCUUCAUCAUUACGGAAGUUGGUUGGCCUGGCACAACGGUUACCUCCACUCCCACCACCAACCUCACCAAUAACUGAAGGAUCCGGGCCUUCGUGGAUGCCUCCACUUCUUAUGAACGAGUCGAAGAUUGGCGGUCCCUCAGUCGGUUCAAAACCUUCAACCGAGAGUCAACGCUUAAAACUCGAAAUCGAUCAACUUAAGAAAAUCAUCAAUGACUUACAGAAUCAGAAAGAUAAGAACAAAUCGCCCUUUCUAGUCCGUCCUGCUUGGAUCGAUAAAUUUAAUCAUCUCUCAUUGGCUUCUGUCGUCGGUACCUCUAUGGCCAUCUGCCUCUCUUUUGCUAUCAAGAAACGUCUCGCUAAUCGUCGUGAAAAAGUACGUUGGAUGUAGCUCAGAUUUAUCUUGUCACUGACUUGUUUAUCACACAUAAAGAUAACAGUUUUCUUUUUCUUUUUCUUUCCCCCCCUUUCUUUGUCUCUCUUCUCCGCUUUUUUUUAUAGAAAGAUCUCUUGUAUUUGGUUAAU